UAUUAGAUUUAGGAGUUCAAUUGACAAUUGUGGAGGGAGUUGGACGGAUUCAGCUAACAAACAGAGUCAAUUACAAAGCCUCCCGAGUCAUUUUACCUUUGUAUGCACUACUGAAAUUAUGACUUAAACGCUUCAGAAAAAAAUUCUCUGGAAUAUUGUAGAAGCCUCUUAUUUUUCCUAUUAAAAAUUAACCAAAGAACAUCCUGGAUUAGCCUCAAAUUGGAUAAGAAGUUGUAGAAUAUUGUUGAAUUCUCUGGUGAACAUCCUUGAUUAUAUUGGAAUUACACAGGUUUCUUGGUUCAUCGCCUAUAAAUAGCACAACAUUUUCUCAAAUUUAUAUCAGCAAAUCAAACACUACUAUCAAAGAAAAACUCAAGCUUCAUAAUACAAUCUUUUGCUUUCUUCAAACAACAAAUUCCCCAAGAUGUCUCUGAUUCCAAGCUUCUUCGAUGGUCGCAGGAGCAACAUCUUCGACCCAUUUUCCCUCGACUUAUGGGAUCCAUUCGAAGGCUUCCCAAUUUCAAGCACAAUCGCUAACACCCCCUCCUCAGCUCGUGAAACCUCUGCUUUCGCAAAUGCAAGAAUCGAUUGGAAAGAGACCCCACAAGAUCACAUCUUCAAAGUAGACGUGCCGGGGAUCAAGAAAGAGGAAGUGAAAGUCGAAGUUGAAGAAGGAAGGAUACUACAGAUAAGCGGUGAGAGGAGCAGAGAACAAGAGGAGAAGAAUGAUCAGUGGCACCGUAUGGAGAGGAGCAGUGGCAAGUUUUUAAGGAGAUUUAGGCUGCCGGAGAAUACGAAGAUGGGGGAAAUUAAGGCAGCUAUGGAGGAUGGAGUGCUCACUGUAACUGUUCCUAAAGAAGAGCAGAAGAAACCUGAGGUGAAGGCGAUUGAUAUCUCUGGUUAAACAAGUGCAUGCAGAUCAGCUGUUUUUUUGGAAAGUCCCUUGUCAAUAAUGUUUGUUUUAAGCUGAAUUAUGUGUGUGUGUAAUAGUCUAAGGUUGUGUGUCUUCGUCUUGCAGUUGUAAGCAAGAAAAUGUUGUGAGAGUGUGAUCAAUGAAUAAUUUUCUUUUAACGUUUAUUUAAA